GCUCAAGCCUUGUCCCCUCCCCUGGCACAGGUGGCCAGGCUGCUGGGGGUACCCGCUGUGCUGACAGAGCAGUACCCAGCCGGCCUGGGCCCCACGGUGCCUGAGCUGGGGGCUGAGGGCCUGCGGCCGGUGGCCAAAACUUGCUUCAGCAUGGUACCAGCGGUGCUACAGGAGCUGGACAGCCGGCCCCAGCUGCGUUCUGUGCUCCUCUGUGGCAUUGAGACCCAGGCCUGCAUCCUGAACACCACCUUGGACCUCCUGGACCGUGGGCUGCAGGUCCAUGUGGUGGUGGACGCCUGCUCUUCUCGCAGCCAGGUGGACAGGCUGGUGGCGCUGGCCCGGAUGCGGCAGAGUGGCGCCUUCCUCUCUACCAGUGAAGGGCUGAUUCUGCAGCUUGUGCGUGAUGCCGCCCACCCCCAGUUUAAGGAGAUCCAGAAGAUCAUCAAGGAGCCUGCCCCGGACAGCGGGCUGCUGAGCUUCUUCCAAGGCCAGAACCCCCUCUUCCGCUGAACUCCUCACCCUGAAGACCACCCUCCUGUCAUCGGGACCUCUGUGAAAUCAUUUCACCCCCAUCCUUGGCUCCCAAGAGUGGUGCAGUCCACAGGGAGUCCCACCCCCUCGGGAGGGGAGGUGGAGCGCCACCUUGCCAUUGGGCCAGAGCGCCCGGAAAUGCAAAUGAGACUCCUGGAAGCUGUGCGGCAGUUGGCUGAGCAGAGCUGGGGGCGGGGCUCGGCCCCGGGCCACUUCACGAGGCGGGGAGGGGCGGGGGAGGGAGUGUCACAGGCUGUGGAACCCGGACUUGCAGAAUAAACAUU